GGUAAUAUAAAUAGAUUUUUAUACUUUUUUUCUUCUAAUUUAGCCUCUUUUUUUUUAAAAGGGACAUUUGAAGAUGGAUAUGUUUCCGGUUAAUACCACCGGAAUAGACACGGCGGACGUAAGGAAGAUUUAAGGAAAGUUUUCUCCUUUUAUUCUGUUAGACCCCAAAGGCAUCGCCUUUGUCGAGUCAAAUGGAGUCUCGAGGAUCUUCUGAGGCAGAAGAUGAACAGAUUGUUCAAGUCCGAGAAGCUUUAAUGUGCCUCAACGGCAAAAGAUUCGAGGGUUUACGAACCGCGAGGUUCCUCAAACACACCACCAUGUCUAUAGACGACGACGUUUUCGACCUCCCCCUCGACGCCUUUAUAUGCCGACCCGAGUCCGUUGAUCCGGAUAUAUGGACGGCCGAGAUUUCGUUUCCGGGCUGGGGCUCUCCGUCUCCGAACUGGGUCGAGUGGGUGAACGCUAUGGCGGAGACGCACGCCACCGUGUGGAGGAAAGCAGGUGUGUAUGAUGCGAUCUUGGCGUCUCGGUACGAGAUCAAGAAGCAAGACGAGUUGAUGAUGGCUUUGGUGGAGAAAUGGUGUAUUGAGACGAACACGUUUGUGUUCCCUUGGGGUGAAGCGACGGUGACGCUUGAGGAUGUGAUUGUUCUUGGUGGCUUCUCUGUGAUUGGGAACAAUGCUAUGGCUCCUGUUAAGAGGGAGGAGAUGAAGGAGGUGGAGGAGAAGAUGAAGAAGGUGAAAGGUGAGAUUGAGGGUGAGUUGGGGAAGAAGUGUAGCGUUGGCUUGUGGAUGAAGGAGAUGAUGAAGUCAGGGAAUGAGAUUGAGCAUGAGGCCUUCCUGGUUACAUGGCUGUCUCGUUUUGUUUUUCCUAGUGCAGGUGAUUUGGUGAAUGAUGUACUGUUUCCGGCUUCGAUUCAGCUUGCUAAAGGGGUUACAUUGGCUCUGGCUCCGGCGGUUUUAGCCGGGAUAUACCGCGAUCUCGGUCUUUUGAAGGAGCAUCUUGCUGGUUAUGGUGAGACAGAUACGGUUGUGGUGAAGUCUCCGUUACAGUUUGUGCAGGUUUGGGCUUAUGAGAGGAUCAUGGAGUUGCAGCCACCGGGUCAGCCAGGUCAGUUAAGUCCUGGUGAGCCACGGAUGGCUCGGUGGCACCAACAUGGUGGUGGUCAGGAUCUGUAUGGCUAUCCUGAGAAUGUUAGAGCGGUUUUGGACUCUACCACCAAAGAGAGUUUUGACUUUCGUCCUUACACAAAGCCUCUGCGCAACUUCAAGUUCCCUAGGUUUUACAUGGAAGAUAACUGUUGGGUUCAUCUGCACUCUGAUGACAAGAACAUUGUAGCCUUUGGUCGGUGUUUGAGGUUCUGUAAACUGGUUGGUGUGCACUGCAUUGAACCUUAUUACCCGCACCGUGUGGCGUUGCAGUUUGGUUAUGACCAGGAUGUUCCCGGUGUGGUUUCAGCUAGGAAUGAGACUCCGGAACUGGCUUGGAAAGACUAUAUCCGUCCUAUUUCAGGCGAUAUGAUCUACAUUCCUGCACGGGUCAAUGCUGGUGAUGUUACCGUUAGGUACAUUCGGUGGUGGAAGCUUUCUUUUGCGAUGUUACAGUCCGAAGCUAAGAAACUUUCUCACAAGCUUCUGGCUUCACCCCCGAGGCAGAAACCAUCAACUACAACAGCUGCUGCGACGACCACGACCAAGGUAACAUCUAGAGAAACAAAAACAAAGAAAGGGAGUCUUGGCCGUAGUAGCUCUUCAGGGAGCCUCAUAGGAUCAGAGAAAGGUGAUAAGCAUAGGCCUGAAUGGGUCCAGAGAUCGCCACCGGGGUGGAGAAAGAGUCCUGACAGAAGCUCGAGCAGUGCAAUAGGUGGUGCUAAGGAUCUUAAAGGAGUUCUCAGGGGGGUAGGGAGGACUAAGGGUCAUGGCCAUGUCACAUUUCAGCUUCCUGUUCCAUCACCCAAAAGGUCUCCUCCAUCCAACAAGACAAAUACUCCUUUGGAAAAGCAAAACGAUUCUACUGUCAAGAAGCCAAGAAUGAUACCUCGGGUAGCAGACUUAGCCAAAAGAUCGAGCUCGUCUUCUCAGGUUCCAAGAAACACAUCAUUUGUUCCUCUUCCUCAUAGGCGAGAUAACUAUGUAAAGAACAACAAUUACUCAAAUCGGCGAGCUUCGAAAGAACCAUACAAGGCGCCAUCUCUGUCUGGCUAUCCUUCAAAGAGGAAGAAGUCACCAAGAUCUGUUGAUAUUGUCAACUCGCCUGGUCAGAAAAGCUCCCUAAGCCCGCAAGGUUCAAAAGAAUCACCCAAGUCACCACCAUCUGUUUCUGGUUCUUCUUCUUUGACAAGGAAAAACUUACCAAGACCUCAAGAACUGAACAAGUCGUCAUCAUCUUCUCUUGGUUCUGUUUCUUUAACGAGGAAGAAGCCACCAAGAUCUUCAGAAGAUGCCAGCUUAUGUGGUAAUUCAUCAGCUGGAGGCCAUUCCAUUGUCAAGAGAAAUACUGAGUCCAAACGAGAAUCACCGAGAAAAGCUCAGGAACUCAAGGCUACUAAUGUGAAGUUUUUGGAGGAGAUUGUAACACUGCGGGAACACGUUGGCGAAGAAGGGGAAGUGACAUAUCAUAUACCAAAACAACAGUUUGAGGAUCUGAGCCAAGGAGUCCAAGAUGUUCUACAUGAUCUACACUCUAUUAAAUCCGCAUUGAACAUACAAGACGAUGAUGAAUAGAUUUAUGACUGGCUUUUGCAGUUGGUUCAAACCGAGUCGACACAAUAUAACCCAACACUACAACAAGAAAGGCAUUAGUUUCUUACUUAAAAGCGUUGUGUAUAAAGAACUAUCGUUAGAAGACUGAUAUUAUCCACUUGUUGAAAUGUGCUGACCUUUUUCCCCACUAUAAUUUGCACACUGCAUCAACAAACAAAAAACUUGUGGUCAGUUUCCUUUGUCAUAAACCAUUCGUGUAAUCAUUAGUAAAUGUGUUGGGUUGUUUGUCAAAUA